CGUUGCUUGCUUCGCCAGCUCGUCAUCCGUUCGUCGACGACAAGACCGGCCGCUCAGGCUCGCUGCAGUGGCAGAUGGCAGUCAUCUCGGCCGCCAUCUGCUCACUCGUAGCUCUGCUCUCGCUAGCAUGGCUGUAUCGUCGCCUGUCAAGCUCGCCUUUCCUUUAUCCUGACCGAACAAGCUAUCGCACUCGAUCAGCUCGCCAAGCACGUACAACCGCCAGUGGGACUUCUAGACCUGCGGGGAGGAUCAUUGUUGUCGUUCUGGGCGAUAUUGCUCGAUCACCACGGAUGACCUACCAUGCAAAUUCGCUGCUGAGACGAGAAUUUGCUGUUACCUUGAUCGGCUACGACACCACGCCUUUGGGGGAUGAUCAUGCUUUGCUACAAGCCAAAUACGCCCAUAGAUUGGAUAUGCGACCUCUACGACCACUUCAGACGGGGAAGGCAGACCGCUGGCUGAACGAUACCCGAAGCACGACUACCAAAGUGAUCAGGCUCGCGCGACUUCAUCUGCUCAUUAGAGCCCUUGUCCUCGCAAGCAAGGUUCUGCAUUUGUCUUGGCAGCUUGGACUGCAGCUCUACCGGCUUUCGGUGGCUGAGCACGACGAGGAAGAUCAUCAGCAAGAGUACAAUGCGCCCGUGCCGUGCAAGCAAUGGAUGCUCGUUCAAGUUCCUCCAUCGCUGCCCACGCUCGUGCUCGUCCGAUGCAUUCGCUAUCUGACCAACACAAAGCUGUGCAUAGACUGGCACAAUACCUCGACAUCUAUUCUCGCGCAGAGUAUGGGCAGCCGCAACCCAAUUGUCAGAUUAGCGGGCGCACUCGAAUCACGUGCUGGCAGAUCGGCAGAUGCCCAUCUCUUUGUGACCGACCACAUGCGCACCGUCUUAUCCACUCAAUGGAAGCUGAAGGGCGACAAACGGACAUUCUAUGACAGACCGAGCGAUGAAUUCAAACGGCUUGAUGCUUGCGAACGCCGACAGCUCAUCUCGCGCUUGCCUGUCCUGCGCGAGCUACAAGAUCUGCCGGCUGGCAGCAGUCCUGCUCUUGUCGUCUCGUCAACCUCCUGGACGCCAGACGAAGAUUUCGGAAUGCUACUGAAUGCUCUAUCUCACUACGAAAAAGCAGUGCGGCACUCGAAAGCACAGACCGACCGGACCGUCACAGUCCUGCCGGAUGUGCUUGCCAUCAUCACCGGCAAGGGACCCGGCAAAGCUUCGUUCGAGCUUGCAUAUGAUCGGCAAUCCAAGCAAGAAGACUGGCGGCAUGUUCGCGUCAAGACAGCCUGGCUAGAGCGCUCAGACUAUCCACUCUUACUAGGCGCCGCUGAUCUGGGGAUCAGUCUUCACGCAAGUAGCUCGGGGCUCGAUCUUCCGAUGAAAGUGGUGGAUAUGUUCGGUGCACGACUACCCGUCAUCGCUCUGAACUUUGACAGCCUGCCGGAACUGGUACAGGAUGGCAAGAACGGCUUGACCGCCUGCAACGCUCUCGAUCUUGCAGAUAGAUUCAUUACGGCUUUACGAGAAUUCAGAGAAUUUCCAUCGAUGCUCGACAUUCUCCGAGCCGGUAUCACAGACUCACGAUACGGAGCAGAGCAAGCAAGAUGGUGUCAAUGGGAAAACGAGUGGGAGCGUGUUGUACUUCCUCUGUUUCAAUGAAAGGCCGGAGACGACAAGAACGCG